AUGAUCUGGAGAAGAGACGUCCGGCGUCAGGAUUACCGACAACCUAAAGCUAGCCUGGCACAGAUCCGAUGGUUGUUUUCUCCUACAUUUGGACAAUAUCUCGGCAACCGGCUAUACAAAACACCUGGACGGAGUCUGGUAUCAGACUCUAAUCAUAUCAGAGGACAUUUACCAUUUCUAAAUUACACGCAAGGUUACCCUACGACUAGGGAUCCCUCAGGAGAUUACCUAUAUCAUGAACUGGGUUUCGUGACAAUAACUGACAACGGGACUCCUUGGUCACCAUCGCAUCACAGAGAUCUGAGUGACAUGCACCUCGCCACUAUGGCGGAAUCGAAGGGGCUCCCGAUCCUAUUGACUCCAUUCUGGCUUUCCACUGUCUCCCAUCUUACGGACAACCCACAAGAUACCAUUGGAGACUUUGGCGGCUCACGUUCCAUGACAGGACUUUUCGGAUGCCGCGAGGCGUCAUACACUCCUGAACCAGUAUCGGAAUACACUCGAUAA